UCUAGUUUCAAUUCCGCGUCUCUCUCUCUGACUCUCUGUAGAAAUCGAAAAGAUCUCAGAGAUACAACGAAGCCGUAAAUCUCGUUAAGGGUUUUAAAACUUUUGAAAAAAAAAAACAAGCAUUCUGAUCUGUCUUUUCUUUUUUUUUUGCUUAAUCGACAUCCAAUGGCUGGUUACAGAGCAGAUGAUGAAUACGAUUACCUUUUCAAGGUUGUUCUCAUCGGUGAUUCUGGUGUGGGAAAGUCCAAUCUGCUUUCACGAUUCACCAAGAACGAGUUCAGCCUCGAGUCGAAAUCCACGAUCGGAGUCGAGUUCGCGACAAGGAGUUUGAAUGUUGAUGAUAAAGUCAUCAAAGCCCAGAUUUGGGAUACUGCUGGUCAAGAAAGGUACCGAGCCAUCACUAGCGCGUAUUACCGAGGCGCCGUUGGAGCGCUUCUUGUCUACGACGUAACCCGACACUCCACCUUCGAAAACGUGGAGACGUGGCUGAAAGAACUCAGAAACCACACCGAUCCAAACAUCGUAGUCAUGCUCGUGGGCAACAAAUCUGAUCUCCGCCACCUCGUGGCUGUUCAGACAGAGGACGCCAAGUCAUUCGCUGAGAAAGAAUCUCUUUGCUUCAUGGAAACCUCUGCUCUCGAGUCCACGAAUGUCGAGGACGCUUUCGCCCAAGUUCUCACUCAGAUCCACGGCAUUGUGAGUAAAAAGGCAAUGGAAGCAGCCAGCGAGUCAGCUAACGCUCCGUCAAAAGGAGACAAGAUCGAGAUCGGUAAAGAUGUUUCUGCUGUCAAGAAAGCUGGAUGUUGUUCAAACUAAUAAGAGAGUGGUUAUUGGUUUUUUUGUUAACGGUUUAUUUAUUCAAAGUCAUUCGAACGUUGAAAGAUUUCUUUAGGUUGAUUCAAUGUCCUUGUCAUGUAUUUUCUGUUGAUUACAUAAAUUUAUCAAUGUUCUUGCUUGAAAAUUGAUUUUUUUUUAAA